AUGUUUCCUAUUGACGAAGAACAUUUAGAAGCCGUUCGGAAGCUCAUGGAGCCUUUUGAUAUGAAUAUUGAGGCAUACACUAGAGUACGUGACUUGAUGUCCCGAGCAAUGGAAUUGGGCCUAGACCCUAACCAACGUCAAAAGGCAGCUGUGAAAAUGUACCCUUCCUUUGUUACUAAAAUGCCGAACGGAACAGAUCUUGGCGGGACAAACUACCGAGUUAUUCUUGUCACUCUAUCAAACAAGGAGCCACCUCGUAUAGAGGAGAGAACUUACGCUAUUCCUAAAGAUAAAAUGCUUGGCACUGGGGAGGAGCUUUUUGAUUACAUCGCUCAAACCCUUCAUAAUUUCCUCGACAGCCAUGGACUUGCUGAAACAGUGUUUAGUCUUGGAUUUACAUUUUCAUUUCCUUGCGAACAACACAGUCUUUCAGAAUCUAUUUUGGUACGAUGGACUAAAGGUUUUGCAGCCUUAAAUGUUGAGGGUCGCAAUGUAGCGAAGCUUCUUCAAGAUGCAAUAGACAGGACGCUUUCCUUUCAAACUUAG